GGCCGCGGCAGAUUUUUUCGUUCGUGUCUGCUCGUCGCGUUGUUUUUUCACUCGUCAAUCUGUUUUCACUUUAUAUAAUUGAAGUUUUAAUCGUGUAAAACUUUGCGUAGGUGCUUUGAAAUAGUGGUAAAGUGUGUCUCAGUGAGCCUACCAAUGGCGGCACCGAUCGAAAUCCCGCUCCGGGAUACGGAUGAGGUCAUCGAGCUGGAUCCGGAACAGUUGCCGGAUGGCGAAGAAGUGUUAGGUAUUUUGCGUCAGGAGCGGUCUCAAUUAAAUACCUGGGUUACUGUUGCGUUGGCCUACUACAAGCAAGUUAAGACCGAUGAUUUCAUUAAAAUUUUGGAAGCGUCUCGUAUCGACGCCAACAUUAGCUAUCGAGACUUUGAGAAGGACCAGAUGCGAGCGUACGAUAUGUUGGCGGCGUACUAUGUUCAGGAAGCGAACCGAGAAAAAUCCAAGGACAAGAAGCGGGAACUAUUCAUGAAGGCUACCCAUUUGUACACGACGGCUGACAAAAUUAUCAUGUACGACCAGAACCAUCUGUUGGGGCGAGCAUAUUUCUGUCUGCUUGAAGGGGACAAAAUGGAGCAGGCUGAUGCGCAGUUCAAUUUCGUGCUGAACCAGUCCCCGUCCAAUAUUCCGUCGCUGUUGGGUAAAGCUUGCAUUGCAUUUAACAAGAAAGAUUACAGAGGAGCACUGGCUUUCUACAAAAAAGCACUUCGAACCAAUCCCAACUGUCCGGCGGCAGUGCGACUCGGCAUGGGACAUUGUUUCCUGAAAAUGAACAAUCAGGAAAAGGCAAAAUUGGCUUUUCAACGAGCUUUGGAUUUAGAUCCUCAGUGUGUCGGAGCGCUGGUCGGUUUGGCUAUUUUGAAACUCAAUCUACACGAACCCGAAUCCAACCGACUUGGUGUUCAGAUGCUUUCGAAGGCUUACACAAUUGAUUCCACCAAUCCGAUGGUUUUGAACCAUUUGGCCAAUCAUUUUUUCUUCAAGAAGGAUUAUCAAAAGGUACAACAUUUGGCACUGCACGCCUUUCAUAACACGGAAAAUGAGGCAAUGCGUGCGGAGAGUUGUUACCAGCUGGCAAGAGCAUUUCACGUUCAGCAGGACUAUGACCAGGCUUUUCAGUACUACUACCAAUCUACACAGUUUGCUCCGGUUAACUUUGUCCUGCCGCAUUUCGGUUUGGGUCAAAUGUACAUUUACAGAGGUGAUUCGGAAAAUGCCGCUCAAUGCUUUGAGAAAGUGCUGAAAGCGCAACCCGGCAAUUAUGAAACUAUGAAAAUCCUUGGCUCGCUGUAUGCUACUUCAUCGUCUCAAUCGAAGCGAGAUAUUGCCAAGAGCCAUCUGAAAAAGGUUACGGAACAGUUUCCGGAUGACGUCGAAGCUUGGAUCGAGCUGGCCCAGAUAUUGGAGCAAAAUGAUUUGCAGGGAUCGCUACAGGCUUAUGCCACGGCAACACACAUUCUGACGGAUAAGGUAAAAGCGGACAUUCCACCGGAAAUUCUGAACAAUGUGGCAGCACUUCACUAUCGUCUCGGUAACCUGAACGAAGCGAUGGCCAAACUGGAGCUGGCGAUCAACCGUGCCAAAACGGAAGCUCAGCACGAUUCUCAGUAUUACGAUUCAAUCUCGGUCACUAUGACCUACAAUCUGGCAAGAUUGAACGAAGCAAUGGCUUCGUUUGAUAAGGCCGAUAAAUUGUACAAGGAUAUUUUGAAAGAGCAUCCUAACUACAUCGAUUGCUAUCUACGGCUGGGUUGCAUGGCACGUGACAAGGGUUUAAUUUUUGUGGCGUCCGAUUUCUUCAAGGAUGCCCUUAAGAUCAACAUGGAAAAUCCGGAUACGCGUUCGCUGCUCGGUAAUUUACAUUUGGCAAAGAUGCAGUGGACGUUGGGUCAGAAAAAUUUCGAAACCAUCCUGAAGAAUCCGGCCACUUCCAGCGAUGCUUAUUCGUUGAUUGCGCUGGGUAACUUCUGGCUGCAAAGUCUGCAUCAACCCAGCAAGGACAAGGAGAAAGAGAAGAAACACCAGGAGAAAGCACUGGCAAUCUACAAGCAGGUGCUGCGAAACGAUCCGAAGAAUAUUUGGGCUGCCAAUGGGAUUGGAGCUGUGCUGGCACACAAGGGCUGUAUCAUCGAGGCUCGCGAUAUUUUUGCACAGGUCCGUGAAGCCACAGCCGAUUUCUGCGAUGUGUGGCUAAACAUUGCCCACAUCUACGUGGAACAGAAGCAAUACAUCAGCGCAAUCCAGAUGUACGAAAAUUGUCUGAAGAAAUUCUACAAGCACAACAACGUCGACGUGAUGCAGUACUUGGCCCGGGCCUACUUCCGCGCCGGUAAGUUGAAGGAAGCCAAGAUGACCCUACUGAAGGCACGCCGUGUGGCUCCACAGGAUACGGUGCUGUUGUUCAACAUAGCCCUGGUCCUGCAGCGUCUGGCCAUGGUGGUACUUCGGGAUGAGAAAUCCGUGCUGAGUGUCGUUCUUCAGGCGGUGCACGAGCUAGGAUUGGCUCAUAAAUAUUUCAACUAUUUGUCUAUUCACGGUGACAAAACAAGAUACAACAUUGCUCUGGCUGCCACUGAAGCUAGCCAGUGUCAGGAUUUGUUGCAGCAAGCUCAGUAUCACGUGUCCCGUGCCAGGAAAAUCGACGAGGAGGAGCGUGUGCUCCGCCAGAAACAGGAACUGGAACGCGAAGAAUUCAAACGACGCCAAAUGGAGGAACGAAUGCGCUUGGAAGAAAUGCGUCGCAAAGCUCACGAAGAAAUGCUCGCCAAGCGACAGGAGUACAAGGAAAAGACGAAAAAUGCUUUGUUCUUUAUCGAAACAGGACCCGAACCGAAGAAAAAGGGAGGUCGCGGACGCAAAGACUACAUCUCCGAUUCGGACGCUUCUGGGCCUGGAGGAAGCGGCGAAGAAGGUGGGCCUUCGAAGGAACGCAAACGAAAGGAACCGGGUGAAAAGAAGAAACGCAAACCGGGAGGCGGACGCAAGAAGAAGGACAAAGCGCCCAGAGGAUCCGGUUCGGAGAGCGAAGAAGAUUCGGCACCGAAGAAACGUGGGCGCAAGAAGGGUUCCUUUGGUGCCAAGAAGGCCAAACAAAUGGAAGAAGGUCUUACUUCGAAGCAGAAAUCAAGAAUUGUUUCUAAAGCCACUGUUUCAACGAGCGAAUCCGACAGUGACGGCAGUCGACUCAAAAUUGCCAGUGGUGAAGAUUCAGGAUCAGGUGGAAAUAGUCCGGCGGCGAAGCGUAAGCGCGUUAUUGCUUCCGGAUCGGAAAGUGGUUCCGAUAGAUCCCGAUCCCGUUCACGCUCAAAGUCUGGUAGUCGUAGUCGAAGCGGUUCUCGGUCGGUGUCUAGAUCUAGAUCGAAAUCAAGAAGCCGGUCGCGGUCUAAAUCUGGCAGCCGUUCUGGUUCGGGUUCCCGAAGAUCUAAAUCGGGUAGCCGUUCGAGAUCCGGAAGCCGCUCUGCGUCCGGUUCGAGAUCCCGAUCAGCUUCCGGCAGUCGACAAGCGUCCCCUAUAUCUCGAAAAUCUGUUUCGGGAUCUGGGUCUGACUAAAUUUUUUGCUAGUUUUCAUGUUUCUUCUAAAACGAAUUUGCAUUGCUUGUAUCAUGCUUUAAAAAAGGACCAUAUCCGGCUUAUAAUCGUCUGCGCCUGUUAGUGGAAGCAAUCGUGUUCAGAUGAACUCGACAAAACAAUAGAAUGUUGAGUUAUUUUAUUCUUCAAAUGAAUUGAUUUAAAAGCAUAACAUAGACAUAAGUUUCUAGUAGAAUAAAUAUUUGAAAAAGCGAA